CAAAGUUUACUUCUGUUACUUGUAGUGAGUUUGCUGUCUGUCCAAACAUCAGCUCAACGCAGCUGCAUCAAGUGCACCACCUCCACCUUUGCCUGCAUGCUUGGCACGAAGGCGCCCGACCCGUGCAGCGUUCCGGACGACCUGUGCACCGUCCGUAUCGUGGAGGGCUUCUUCGGAAACGGUGUAACCACACGCGGCUGUCUGGGGGACAUCGAGGAUCCCGCUGAGCGUGCCAGAUGCGAAGAUCCGGAAGACUUUUCGUGCGUAACUUGCGGUGAUGGGGAUGCUUGCAACAACCAGGUGUGGCGGUCGUGUCACAUGUGUAGCGAGGUGUUGAACGAGACUUGCGCUGGGGAACAGCAGAUGAUUCUGGACGCACAGUACUGUGGGAACUACAGGGAACCGAACUUGUGCUACGAGCGGUUCGUUGAUGGGAGAGUUGAGCGGGGUUGUGAAGCGGAUCUUGGAGAGGAAGCUUGUGUUGAGAAUAAGGAGUGUCUGGUGUGUGAUCGCGAUGCUUGCAACAAGGACGAUUCCGUUACGUUCAAGGGUAGUCUGUGUCAUCAGUGUGAUUCGUUGAGUGAUCCGGAUUGUGCAGCGGGUGCCGCCGACCCCACUCACUGUGGACAGGAAGAUGUCUGCAUCACAAGGGUAGUAGACGGAGUUCUUGAACGAGGCUGCCUUUCAAAACUCAAUGAAGAAGAUCACCGAAAGUGUCAGAAUCCCGAAGAUGACUCGUGCUUGAUGUGCGAUACCGAGAGCUGCAAUACGAUUCGGUGGCUUCAGUGUCAUCAGUGCAACGGAACUUCGGCGUGUAACGAACAACAACAUGAUUCAGAACGAAAGUUCUGCCAAAAUUACGUCACCGACAACAGGUGCUACGAAAGGAUUGAGGAUCACAUGGUGACGCGAGGUUGUGAAGCUGAUUUGGCGGAAGAUGCGUGCGAAACUAGCUUGGAGUGUAGAUCCUGCGGGACGGAUUUGUGCAAUAAGGAUGCGGCGUACGAGUUGCAUACAAGGCAGCGCUGCCAGCAGUGCAACACUUUGGAUGAUGUCGACGGAGCUUGUCUUUUAGGAGUUGCACCAACUAAGCCUUGCAGGGUGGAGUCCGCUGGAAAGUGUUUUUCCAGAAUAGAUUCUGAUGGAGUCCUUCAUAGAGGAUGUUUAGGAGACCUGCCAGCUGAGGAAGCUCAAGCUUGUUCAACCGAAACCUGUUCAAUUUGUGAAGUCGAGGACUGCUAUAAGGGAUUGUUUCCAGAAAAUCGUUUACGAUGCUAUCAAUGCAAGACCAGCACAACUGAUGAGAAUAAUUUAAAUCAUGAUUUUGUUUUAGAAACCAAAGCUGAUAUUGAUUCAGCCUUGGAAUCUUUAACUAAUGCAAUUUUGGAUGCUAGGAAUAUUGCUAUUCCUAAAGUCCAAGUCAAAUUUGAUUCUCCCAUUAUUGAUGACGAUCUUCAGCUUCUGAUUCGUCUGAAAAAUGUUCGCCGAAGACAGUAUCAACGUUCUCGUGAUCCUGCACUGAAGCGAAUUCAAAAAGAUUUGCAAAAGGUUAUUGACCACAGAUUCACUCUCCUGCGAAAUGAAAAGUUCGCAAGAGAUGUCGAACAAAUUAAACCUUAUUCUAAACCUUUUUGGAAACUUUCAAAGGUUCUUAAGAAACCUCAAAAACCAAUCCCUUCUUUAAAAGAUGGUGAUAAUAUUCUAUUAACUAAUGGGGAGAAAGCUCAAAAACUUGCUCAGCAGUUUGAGAGUGCUCAUAAUUUCAACUUAAAUGUUUUGAGUCCUAUUGAAGAUCAAAUUUCAAUAGAAUUUCAGAAUAUUGUUGAUCAAGAAUUUAAAACCAGCACAACUGAUAAUAGUUGCUCAGACAAGCCCAACUCAGCAUACUGCCAAACUUACGACUCGGAAGACAGGUGUUACACCAGAAUCGUUGAUGGAGUUUUGGAACGUGGCUGCCAGUCGGACCUGGGCAAGGCGGUGAAUGCCUGUGAUAAGCUAGAUAACAAGCGGUGUCGACUUUGCGAUGGCGCCAACUGUAACGCUAUCUCGCCGGAUGAGCUGAACAACUUUGCAAGCAAGCUUGCAUUCGAUUCGAAGCUAGUGGCGCUGAUGUCUGCGGUGAUGUUCAUGGUUGUAUACGGAGUUGAUAUAAGCUAGAUGAAUU